AACGAUAGCGAUUAGUCUCACAGUAACGCUCAACCGAGUGAAUGGUUCGGUCGAAUAUGUUGGGCGCAGUUUCGGGCAUUUUGUUGAUUAGUGCUGUGGCGAUUGCAGCUUCCAGAGAAUUCGUCACGGUCGAUACGACAAAUGGUCCACUGCGAGGAGAAAAACGUGGCAAUUACUAUGUCUUCGAAGGAAUACCAUACGCCAAGGCUCCGUUGGGAGAGCUGAGGUUCGCACCAUCACAAGUAAAUGAUGAGCACUGGGAUGAUCCUCGGGACGCCAUCCAGUCCGGUCCGGCUUGCCUUCAGUGGAGUCAUUUUGUGAAUGAUGAUGACAAGAGUACAGGCGAAGAGGAUUGCUUGUUCAUGAACAUCUACACUUCGGCGUUGGGUGGAUCAGAGUCGUUACCCACCUUUUUCUUUAUCCACGGAGGGGCUUUCAUGUUCGGUCAAGGAGAUUAUUAUCAACCCGAUAAUCUAUUGCAAAAACAACUAGUGCUCGUCACGUUCAACUAUCGGUUAGGACCGUUAGGGUUCCUAAGCACGGAGGAUGAUAUUAUCCCGGGAAACUACGGAUUAAAGGAUCAAACGACGGCACUAAAGUGGCUGAGGGAAAAUAUCGGUCACUUCGGAGGUCACGCAGACAAUAUCACCAUUGUUGGUUAUUCGGCUGGUUCUGCCAGCGUUCAGCUACACUAUCUAUCACCAAUGAGCCGAGGAUUGUUCAAAAAUGGUAUAGGUCAUAGUGGAUCAGUGUUGAACCCUUGGGUUUUAGUUGAGAAUUCGGCGGAAAAGGCGAAACAGAUCGCUAGCGGUGUAGGGUGUUCGGUAGCUUCCAGUAAAGAAAUGCUGAAAUGUUUAAGGGGGAAACCUGCUCGAGAUAUUGUGCGAGCUGUGAAACCACUUUUCGACUAUUUGUACAAUCCGUUUUCGCCACUUGGGGUAGUGGUUGAAAGGCAAACAAAAAACAAUCCGAAACCUUUCCUGGUUGAACACCCGUAUAAGUUGAUGGAGAGAGGAAAAUUUUACCGUGUGCCUUUGCUGCUCUCACUAAGCGAAGCCGAAGGGCUCUAUCCUGGGGCGGAAUUCGUUAGCAGCCCAGAGUAUCUGGCAGCAAUCAAUGAUAACUGGAACCAGUUGGUGCCGAGUAUUUUGGAUUAUCGAACUUCGCUGCGAAACGACGGAAAGCGACGCGAUGAAAUAAGCCAAACGAUCAGGAAACGCUAUUUGGGUAAAAGGAGCUUGAAUAAAAAUAGUUUCAAAGAUUUGAUACUGAUGAUCUCAAACAGACUCUACUUUGCGGGUGUAACACGUUCUGCCAAGUUAAUGCAGGCACAUACACCGGUUUACUUGUAUUAUGGGAACUAUAAAUGCAAGUACGGCCUCGGAGAGUAUCUCUCUAACUCGACAAAGAACUACGGUGUUGCUCAUGGCGAAGAUGUUCUGCUGAUGUUCAAAACCGAAAUGCGGGAUGCGACGCCAUACACCGAGGAAGAGCUAACGGUUGCCAAUUUGUUUAUUGAAAUGUACGCAAAUUUCGCACGAGAUGACGUGCCUGUGUUUGGCGAAUACAUUAUUCCACGGAUGGAAGACAAGCAUGUGUUACGUUUUCUAGAAGUGAAUUACCCGAAAAGCGAGCAAAAAGUGAAAGAUCAACUGAGCGAUGAGGACUUCUGGAAUCAAAUCGACUUUGGAGAUGGCUAUCCAGUAGAUAUCGCUAAGAAAGACGAACUUUGACGCUGUUUACAGUUUUGUUUUUCGUCUGAAUAAAAUACUUUUUUUGGGUAUAAAGUUACGCUACGUUCA